UUUUGGCGGCUACUCACAUGAUGAUGGGUGUUUUGUCUUCAGGCAAAGAUAGUACUUUAAAUCUAUGUAAUACUGCCGUGUGUAAGGAUCACAUCAAUAUUGUGGGACCCAUUAAAAAUAAUGAAUGUACUUAGAAUAACAUGAUAAUUAACUUAGUUCUAAUAAACCAAGUAGAUGAACCCAAUGGUUCAUUCCGAACUGAGUAAAUCGAGUUUGUAUUUUGAUAUCUUUUAUUUAAAUUAAAAUUUUAAAUAAAAGUAAAAUAAAAAAUAAAACCUUAUUACCCAUCGAUAAAACUCAAUCUUCCAGUGUAAGCUAGAGAAAAUAGUUUCUUGUGUCUACAUAGGGAGUGACCAUUCAUACCACCUUGCUGGUGUGGCAGUUCCAAGUACUUGUCCGAAGAUGACGAAGACAAAGUAUCUGGAGAUCGAAGAGUGAUAUCGUUUCAGCAGCUCUGGAGAUGGAUAUCGAAGGAGAAGCAACUUACUUUGAAAGUGACGAGGGAGGCCAAAACAUGAAUGAGACACUGGAGAAUGUGAGUUGCACAUGUGCAUGUUGUGGAAGCAGUAGAUAUUGUGGUGUUCUAACAAUAGAGGACAUAAGGAACCACUCAUGGAUGACAGCUGAUGCAGCAUAUGAGUGCUAUGUUAGUUAUGCUAAAAGUGUUGGGUUUGGAGUCCGUAAGGGAGAUGCUGCUCGUGGCAAAGAUGGGAAUUAUACAAGGCGACGGUUCUUUUGCAACAAGGCAGGAUACAGAGAGGAGAAAUACUACAACAAUUCGAAUAGGAAGAGGGAGCACAAGGCAGAGACUCGAACUGGUUGUGAGGCAAAGCUGUCCAUUUACCUUGAUGAAAGUUCUUCAGUUUGGAGGGUUAGGAAACUAGUCGAGGAGCAUAAUCAUGAGUUAAUACCACAAUGCCUUGUCCACCUAAUUCCAAAUCAUCGUCGUUUGACCGAUGCAAACAAAGCUCAGACUGACACAAUGAUCAUGCAUGGACUCCCUACUUCUCAAAUUAUGGGAUAUCUAGUUGGACAAGCAGGUGGGUAUCAUAGAGUUGGCUUUUCAAAGAAAGAUUUGGAUAAUUAUAUAGAAAGAAGUAGACGGGCAAGGAUUAUUGGUGGCGAUUCAAAUGCUACCAUAGGAUACUUGAGUGGCAAGGCUGAUCUAGACCCGAUGGCGAUGGCACGCUAUAGUUCUACCCCUGAAGAUAGAUUGGGCAACUUAUUUUGGGCAGAUGGAAUGUCCAAGGCUGAUUACCAGUUGUUUGGCGACGUCCUAGCAUUUGAUACCACGUACCGAAAGAACAAGUAUAAAAAGCCACUGGUGAUAUUUUCUGGUAGUAAUCACCAUAGGCAAACUUGCAUUUUUGGUUUCGCUGUGUUAGAGGAUGAAUCAGGACCGACUUACACAUGGUUGUUGAAGAACUUUCUGGAUGUUAUGCUGGGUAAAUCUCCUACUGUUGUGGUAACGGAUGGAGAUGAAGGCAUGAAAGAGGGUAUUGCAAAUGCAUUCCCUAAUGCAACCCAUAGAUUAUGCGGUUGGCACCUUCAAAAAAAUGCAACGUCUAACAUCAAAGAUCCAACAUUUUGUGCAGAAUUUAAAAAGUGCAUGUAUGGCAAGUGGCAUCCCGAUGAGUUCGAGCUCCGUUGGGCUAAGAUGGUAGAUACUUUUGGUCUGCAAAAUAAUGAAUGGGUUAACAUUCAAUAUGCUAGGAAGAAAAACUGGGCUAGCUCUUACUUGAUGGACAAAUUUUGUGCUGAGUUUAGGACUACCUCACGAUGUGAGGGCAUCAACAAUUAUGUGAAAACUUUCAUUAACUCUUGUCAUUGUCUGUUGGACUUGGUGACUAAUCUUGAAGGGAGGAUUUGGGAUUAG